AUGGGGUGCGGGGACAGCAGGCCCGCUGACUAUGAGCAGCUCAAGGACGACUUCUCGAGUGCGCUGCUGCAGAUUCAGGCGGUUCAGCGCGAGAACGAGCGCCUGGCCCGCGAGCUGGACGAGCAGCGCCAGGCGGCCAGCCAGAACGCCGCCCAGAUGGACACGGCGGUGGUCGAGCGCCUCAUUGACCGGAGAAUGUCGUCCCUCGUCACCCUGGAGCAGUUCAUGACGCUCCACGACCACGCCCACUCCCACGACGUCCAAAUCCACGCCCUGUACGAGCGCAUCAAGUCCUUGGAGUCUCCGGAGCCCCACCAGACCCUCAACAGAGACUCCCGCGCCACGUCGCACUCCGCGGCCUCCACGCCCACGGAGCCCAACCUCCCGCCGCCCCCUCCCCGCGGACCCGACUUCGCGCCUCCGAGGCACUCGGCGCUCGACGACCCCGCGCUGCACGUCCUCUGUGUGUGCCCGUGCCGUGCCUUCGCGCUCGUGCGCACCGACCAGGGCUCCUACUGGGAGGCCGCGGGGCAGGGGUCGCUGGCGCUGUGCCGCGCGAAGCGGUCGGCCGCGGACAAGAAAAAGAAGCGGCCAGCGCCGCCACCGAUGAUCAAAUUCGAGGCAGGGGCGCAAGGGGGCGGGAGGGUCGGCGAGGUGAUCUGCAUGGAGCUGAAGCAGGGCGGGUUCUCGAUCAAGUGUUCGCACCCCGGCGCGGUCACGUUUCGGUGGAAUCAGGAGAUGCAUCUGUUCGACAUGCUGGAUAUGGCGGCGGAGGAGAACGCGGACCACGUGGGCACGCUGCGGCGGGAGCUCUCGCUGCUCUUCACGUAG